UCAAUUUCGGUUUCGGUUUGGAUUUGGUACUACUUAUUCGGAUGAGGAUCGGUUCGAAUAUUCAAAUUCGAUUUUUUUGCUCAACCCUAAAUAGUGACAUAAAAAACAAAUAGCAUCAUAUUUUUUUAAAAAUACACUCGCGUGGACGCGCGGAUCAAAAUCUAUUUUACAAUUAUAGCAUGAUAUCACGGAAAGGAAGAUCUUAACGUAUUUUGAUCACUUUGAGAAAGUUAAUAUGAACACAAUAAGAAACAAAAAUAUUUUCUCGUUUAAAUUACUGAAGUGCACGAUUCUAGAAGGAUAUAUAUGCAUUGCAAAGCAUGAAAUCAGGGAUAUCGAUUAGCUUGGUCAACUACAUAUGGAAACUCCAAUGAACUGGGUGGUUAUUUCCAAAUUUGUGACCACGAUAUCAAUGUAUUAUUCCAAUUUUAAAGCAACUUAUUAAAAUGUCAUUUAUCGUUAGUAUACUUAGAGAUUUGUAUGUUAGUGUACAUGACUAUAACGUGAAAAUCAUUAUAAUAAAGUCAACACAUGUUUGCCUUAACCGAAUUUGAUUAGAUUUAUUCAUGACUAUAACGUGAAAAUCAUUAUAAACUACAGCCACUUCGUUGAUUCAACCUGCAAAACUAUAUUCUUUAAUUAGAAAUGAAGAAGAUCUCGCGCCGAAGUCUUUUUUUCAUUCCCACUGUUCUAAAGCCCUAACUCCUCAACCAGGAGUGAAUAAACCUUCUUUUAUAUAUAAAGAUAAAUUUUUUUUGGUCACAUAUCAUUGUAAUUUGUAAUGUAUUUGUAAUUAAUACGUUAGGUUGCCUACGAUGUCGUUUAACCUUGACGACUUGGAAGUCUCUCAUUGAUCAAUGAGAAAAGAAGGAAAAGGCAUUCACCAAACGGCCUCGUUUCCAUUAAGUAGCAAUCCGACGCCGUGUACGCCACCGUGCGUUAGUCUGCGUAGGUUUCUAGAACUUUCUAUAAAUCACUACGCUAUCUUCUUGCGAGUGUCACUCUCCUUUCCUUCUCAGGAAUUAAGUCAAUUGCAGAAGAUGUCUCACGAGUGUCAUCCCGACUGCCAGCGAUCAAUGGCUUCCAAAGAAGAGCAUGAUUCAGCUGAGAGAGCUGCCACGGUAGCAGCCAAUCUGAUCAGCGCUACGAGGCACGUACUCAAUCUGGACCGUAAGAUGACCGAGUACUCGGCUCAGUUCCUGGUGGACAACGCUCUCCGCAAGAAGAAACCGGGGAAGACCGAGGCCGAGCUUGAAGAGAUGGAGAAGCAACAGCAGCGACGGGCCAAGAUCACUGUCAAGGACUGCCUCGAGUGCGCUUUCAAGGAAGGGAUACCGAAGAGAGAGAGCUGGGCGCAUUUGGGAUGUGUCUCCCCUGUUCCUGCGUUUGCUUAUUUCAUGCCUCGUGUGCCCAUGAAAGGGAAAGUGAUCGAGGUUAAGAACCUUGAGGACGCGAUUAAGUUGACGAAGCGUCAUCUGAUAGCAGCGAAGCUUCUUGUGUUCAGUCCUGAGAUUGAUCAUGUUGGAAAUGGAGUUUACGUUGGGCCAUCAGGUGCUGUUGGUGAAUCACGUUACGUGGGACUCAGAGACGUGAUCCUAUGUGGAGAGGAGAAGUUCGAGGGAGAUGAUGUUAUGAAUGUGCAGAUAUGCUACAAGAAGAGGACUUCGAUCAUCAAAGUGUCUUUGACUCGCAUGGUUGCCACACUAGCGCUGGCGGAUGAAGGAGACGAGUCUCAGACCAUUGAGCCGUUGGGUCUUCUCGUUGACUUCGUCGUCCCUUGCAUAUUCAAGUAAACACAAGGUCUUAAGAUGAUCUUGUGGUAAGUAUCGAUCUAGAGAAAACAAUAUGGUAUGUAAUAAGUGAAGUAAUCAUGAAAACCUUAUGCUAGUAGUUCUUGUGCGACUUGUUUGAUGUUUAAAGUCUUGUUCUAGGAGACUCUUGUGCUGUCAGUAAAGAAGUUUGUGAUUUUAUAUCAGUUUGUUAGACCGUUUGAUAGUAAUGAUUCCAAUCAACAUCCCUCGUUAAUUGCAUUCUACUUUCUUAUAAAACUAUUUAAUGAAUCGGAGAUACCAUAGAACAUGCAAAGGUGUACGUUUAAUAGUUCCAUGUGACGAUUUGUUCCAUAAUUUUGUAUAAUAUUUUUUGGGAUACACUUUCUCAUUAAAGUAGAUAUAUAUAUAUAUAUAUAUAUAUAUAUAUAUAUAUAUAUAUAUAUAUGCCGAUAGAAAAUACGAAACCAAAAGAAUUAUAUUACUAUAUAAUUGACUACUUUUCCACAGCACGUCAACUCUAAUUUAUGUAUUUAACUCUACAACGCCAAAAAUUGACAACUUUUAAAAGUAACAAACAAAAUUCUAUUACAUAAGUAUGAAAUAAUGAAUUUACCACGAUGGGUCAAGAAGAAGAAGAGGACUAGAGGAGAUGACAAUUCAGUUUACAAUUGCAGAAGAAAAUAGACGAUUCAAGUAAUAGGAUUAUAGGAAUUA